GAAUCGAACCCGCUCUCAUGGCCUGCAGCGGCGGCAUUCCUCAGCUCUCUCAGACUCAUCGACUCUCUGGCCUUCCGUUUUACCGCCAAAGCUUUUCGCGCUUUCCCCAAGGCGCUUACGACGUCGUUCCCAGUUCGUUCCACCCAGCAAGCUUUUCACGAAGUUCUCACUUGUGCCUCCGACGAUGAUGUCUUCACUUGGGACGACGUCGUUAGGAUAUCCAAACCGGAAACCCUUUCCGACGACCCUUCAGAUCUCAGGGGCUACUCGGAAAAGAUCAAAAUCUGCAAUCGCAGACUGGAAUCGCAAUCUGAGUUCCUUUCCUUUGUAAUUGAGGACCAAAUCGUUGGUUACAUUCACAAAGGUUUUGCUGAGAAUUUACGUUGUUUCAAGGACGUGUUUACUUUCCCACCAGAAAAUUCAAACUCUAAUGGCAGUUCANUAACCUUGCAUUCAUCGCUGAGCACAGCUGAGGACAGGACGAGAGCGGUGGGAGAUGUAAUCAAAAGCUUAGGGGAAGAACAUAUUCCAGUUUCAUUUUAUUUGGAUGAUCAGCUAUACCCUGUGACAUCAUCCUUUGGGUCACCCAUAUUUUUCUCUCUAGAACGUGCAGCUGCUCCUUAUUUUGGAAUAAAGGCUUAUGGAGUGCAUAUGAAUGGCUAUGUUGAAAAGGAUGGGAAGAAGUUUCUAUGGAUAGGGAAGAGAAGUCAACAGAAACCCACUUAUCCAGGGAUGCUUGAUCAUCUAGUUGCUGGGGGACUGCCUCAUGGGGUUGCAUGUGGGGACAAUGUUGUAAAGGAAUGUGAAGAGGAAGCCGGAAUACCCAGUUCCAUUUCUAGUGUAGCUAUACCAGUUGGUGCUGUUUCAUAUAUGGACAUUGAUGGUUAUAGAUACAAAAGGGAUGUCUUGUUUUGCUAUGAUUUAAAACUUCCUGAGAGUUUCACGCCUAAGAAUCAAGAUGGAGAAGUGGAGAGCUUCAAGUUGAUCCCUGUGACGGAUGUUGCAAACAUCAUACGAAGGACACGAUUUUUCAAGCCAAAUUGCUCUCUUGUCAUCAUUGAUUUCCUGUUUCGACACGGGUACAUUAGGCCCGAAUGCUUUGGAUACCUGGAUCUACUACAAAGUUUGAGGAGUGGUGAUUGUUCGUAAUUGUAUAAAAAUAAAUAAUAAUAAUAAUAAUAAAAUUCCUUUUUGGCACUGCCUAA